GCGCUUCGGCGCCCGGCGCCACUCGGCGCGCGCGCUGCGCUCUGGUGCGCAGCCUGCGGUGUCUCUGCGCCGGCCUGUCAGUCCGAGGUGACGCGCAGCACAACGCCAGGCGGCGGAUACGUCACCACGGUCGACCCGAGGAAGUUUGCGCGCGUGCGACACGCCGACCCGGCGAACCGCACGUUUAACUACGCGAUGAUUGUUCAUCUCUGCCUCAGCCUGGCGCCUCUCUGCCUGAUCAAGUUCCUCGCCCAGAUGAACCCGGCGGCCGACGCGGUGCUUGCGAUGGCGUCGCUGGAGUGGCGGGGCAAGCCAGUCUUCAUUCGGUCGCGCACCGAGGAUGAGAUCGCCGAGGCCGCGAACGUGAACCUCGCCGAACUGCGCGACCCGGAGAACGACCUCGACCGCGUGCAAAACCCAGAGACCCUGGUCGUGCUUGGCGUGUGCACGCACCUCGGCUGCGUCCCGAUCAACAAGGCCGGCGACUACAACGGGUGGUUCUGCCCGUGCCACGGCUCGCACUACGACACCUCUGGCCGGAUCCGCAAGGGGCCGCCCGGCGCCGCUCACUCAACAUGGAG